UUAUUUUGCAGUACUACUAAGUACUAAUUAAUCGGUUUCGUUAUACCUAUUAGGCUAUUACUUAGGAGGAAAUUCCUUGUGGAUCACAAAGAGUGAUCAGAGAUUGCAGAAAACUCUCUAUCUCCCUACGUUUUCUUUUAUCAAUUACCGAUAACUUUACCUUUUGCAUUUUCUCGUAUGCAGUUAUUUCUUACGUAAGUACUAUCAUUUGAAUUUAACAUUUUACCAAAAAACUACUAUCAUUUGCCCGUAUCUUAAAAUAACGAGCAGAUAUGUGAUAUACGGGUAAAAAUAGAAAUGAUAAUAUUAAUAACUAACAAGCUAUCCACAAAAAAAAAAAAAUCAGAUUUAGAGUUUAGUUUUCCAACUGCAAUCUUUUUCAAUAUUUAAUUUAGUACUAUACGAGUUUGUCUUCUAACAAAAUAUAGAGAUAAUUGCACUUCGACAAGAGAAAAAUCUGGUAGAACAGUAGAUAUCACUCAUAACUAAAGAGGUUAAAAGUUAUCCAUUAAGGAAAUUUGAAUCCGAAAAACAUAAAUGAUGGAAAAAGAUUAUGAACCUGAAGUCCACAACAUCUUCAAAAAGCUAUGGGCUUUGAUCCAAUAGUGGAUUUUGAACCUUGAUUUAAUUUGCUCGAGCUAAACUUACAAUCUCUAUAUGGCCCUUAGAACUCUCUAACUGGAAACUAAAAAGGAAAUUAGUGUUUGGGCUGUUAUGUUAACAUGACCACUUCUGUUUUCUCUACAGAGUGGGUCUACUUUUUAUAUCGGGCCACAUAUCGUUUUUGAUGGUAUUUCAUUUUCACCAUCUAUUAACAUCCAAUAUUAAUUAGAUUGUUUUUUUUUCGAGAAAGUAUAUUUAAUUAGAUUGUUAUGAUCCCUAUGAAUAUGCCGAAUUAAAAAAAAAAAAACAUUUGCACCCCCCAACGCUUUUCUUGACCAGUAAGUACAAAUAUUUCACCCUGCAAUUUAUUUUUUGUCGCUACGUUUCAAAACCGACUUAAAAAUGGGAUGAAGUAUCGCACAAGCCAAAGGCCAAUAAAAUUCCGAUGAAAUUUUUUUUAAAAAAAAACACAUCCUUCAUUUUUAAUAGUGAUCGGACGCAAACGCUAAUUAACACCGUUAAAUCCCAAUUUUGACGGCGUGACGAUGAAGAGAAUCGUGAGGAUAUCGUUCACCGACGCGGAAGCCACCGAUUCCUCCAGCAGCGAAGACGACGAACAACCAAACACCGAGUCGCCGCCGCCGCCGCGACGCCGAGGGAAGAGGUGCGUCAACGAGAUCGUCAUCGACCCGACCGAUUCCUCCGUUAACAACAAUCGCGAUCGCGGCGGGAAGACGCGGUUCAAGAUCAGGAUUCCGGCGAGGGUUGAGAAGAAGAAUAAGAAGUUCCGAGGGGUGAGGCAGAGGCCGUGGGGGAAAUGGGCGGCGGAGAUCAGGUGCGGCAAAUCUCGCGACGGACGGCCCGUUCGCGUGUGGCUUGGGACGUUCGAGACGGCGGAGGAAGCUGCUUUGGCGUACGAUAAGGCGGCGGUUCAGCUGAUCGGGCCUGACGCGGUGACUAAUUUCGGUUGUUCUAAGGCGGCGAAGGAAGGUUCCGAUGCUGGCACCUCCGCAGUGGCAUGAUCGUCUUUUGUUAAUUGAUUACUUUUUUUUUUUUUACCUUUUUAACUUUUGUGAAUAAGUCAUAAUAACAUAUGUGCAGUUUUUUAAUUUCUUAUUCCGGAUUCUUGGUUUUAUUUAAACUGUACAUUGUGAUCUGUUUUUUUUUUUUUUUGUGUUUCUUAUUUGGAAUCGCUAUUGGUUGCAUUUUUCAUGUUUUAUGGAUUUGAUUUAUAAAGUCUUUUCAUUUGGAUCGAAA